AGAAAAAAAAAAAUGAUUUGCAACCCAAAAAAAUAAAAUUUUAAAAAUAAAAAUAAAGUUUGCAGGUAUCCAUCUCCAUCCAUCCAUCCCUCCCUUUCCUUAUUUACUCCAAAUUAAUAUAUAUAUUUAUUUAUUUAUUGUUUGCAAAAAUUGGAGGGUCAGAUUCUAUUCUUCGGACAUAGAUUCCUCUGUAUUUUCUUCUUCUCCAACUUCCUUUCUAACCGUAUUUCUGGUUGUUCAAGUGUUGCAAAAGUCUUUACUGUCUGCCGCCGACCCAAUACUUUGGAGCGGUUGUAAGAGUUAUUGGAUUGGAAAAAAUGUCUCAGACCAACUGGGAAGCUGAUAAAAUGUUGGACGUGUAUAUCCAUGAUUACUUAGUAAAAAGGGAUUUAAAGGCUUCUGCUCAGGCUUUCCAAGCUGAAGGAAAGGUGUCAUCAGAUCCCGUUGCUAUUGAUGCACCUGGAGGUUUCCUGUUUGAAUGGUGGUCUGUCUUUUGGGACAUAUUUAUUGCCAGGACAAAUGAGAAGCAUUCAGAGGUUGCUGCAUCAUAUAUUGAGACGCAGUUGAUUAAGGCAAGGGAGCAGCAGCAACAGCAGCAGCAACCUCAACAGCCACAACAUCAACAGCAACAACAACAGCAGCAGCAGCAGCAGCAACAGAUGCAGAUGCACCAGCUCUUGUUGCAGAGACAUGCUCAGCAACAAAAACAACAACAACAACAACAACAACAACAACAACAACAACAACAACAACAGCAACAGCAUCAGCAGCCCCAGCCCCAACAGCCUCAGCAGCCGCAGCAGCGGAGGGACGGGACUCAUGUCCUUAAUGGCACCACAAAUGGGCUUGUUGGGAAUGACCCUCUUAUGCGGCAGAAUUCUGCAACUGCCAAUGCCUUGGCUACAAAGAUGUAUGAGCAAGGACUAAAAGUGCCACUUCAGAGGGAUUCUAUGGAUGAUGCAGCUAUGAAGCAAAGGUUUGGUGAGAAUGUUGGCCAGCUUUUAGACCCAAACCGUGCCUCAAUAUUGAAGUCAGCUGCAGCUACAGGCCAGCCUUCGGGACAAGUGUUACAUGGUACAGCUGGUGGAAUGUCUCCACAAGUUCAGACUCGGAAUCAGCAACUGCCUGGAGCCACACCGGAAAUAAAGAGUGAAAUCAAUCCAGUAUUAAAUCCCAGAGGUGCAGGUCCUGAAGGAUCAUUGAUAGGAAUUCCUGGAUCAAAUCAAGGUGGAAACAAUUUGACUUUGAAAGGAUGGCCGCUAACUGUUCGGUCUGGGCUUCUUCAGCAACAGAAACCUUUCAUACAGGCACCUCAGCCCUUUCAUCAACUACAGAUGUUGUCACCACAACACCAGCAACUCAUGCUUGCUCAGCAAAAUUUAACAUCACCAGCUGGUAGUGACGAAAGUAGAAGACUGAGAAUGCUUUUUAAUAAUCGAAAUAUAGGUCUUGCGAAGGAUGGUCUUUCAAGUUCCAUAGGCGAUGCGGUUGCAAAUGUUGGAUCCUCCUUACAACCUGCUGGCCCUAUGCUGCCUCGUGGAGAUCCUGAUAUGCAAAUUCAGUUAAAAAUGGCUAUGCAACAGCAGCAGCUGCUGCAACAGCAACAAAAUCCACAACAGCAGCAGCUUCAGCAGCAUGCACUCUCAAAUCAGCCACAGAUUUUAAAUCCCAGCCUCCAUCAACAAGAUAAAAUGGGUAGUGGUGGGAGUGUCACUGUUGAUGGUAGCAUGUCGAACUCUUAUCGGGGAAAUGAUCAGGUUUUGAAAAACCAGACUGGGAGAAAGAGGAAACAACCAGUGUCUUCUUCAGGCCCUGCUAAUAGCUCAGGAACAGCAAAUACAGCAGGACCUUCCCCAAGUUCAGCACCAUCAACUCCAUCGACACACACUCCUGGAGAUGUGAUCUCGAUGCCUACUUUGCCACAUGGUGGUAAUUCUUCCAAGCCUCUAGUGAUCUUUAACACUGAUGGAACUGGCACGCUUACAUCACCAUCAAAUCAGUUGACUGAAAUAGAUCGAUUUGUGGAAGAUGGAUCUCUGGAUGAUAAUGUUGAGUCUUUUUUAUCCCAUGAUGAUGCAGACCCUAGAGAUACUGUUGGACCUUGUAUGGACAUCAGUAAAGGGUUCUCAUUUACGGAAGUUCAUUCUGUUCAAGCAAGCUCGAGCAAAGUUACUUGUUGUCACUUCUCAUCAGAUGGAAAGUUGCUUGCUAGCGGUGGCCAUGACAAAAAGGCUGUGUUAUUCUUUACAGAUACCAUGAAACCAAAGUCGACACUUGAAGAACACUCAUCCUACAUUACUGAUGUCCGUUUCAGUCCUAGCAUGCCACGCCUUGCAACAUCUUCAUUUGACAAAACUGUCAGGGUUUGGGAUGCUGACAAUCCUGGUUAUUCACUUCGGACCUUUGUGGGGCAUCAUGCUACUGUUAUGUCACUUGACUUUCACCCAACUAAGAACGAUCUCAUCUGUUCUUGUGAUAGUGAUGGUGAAAUAAGAUACUGGAGUAUUAACAAUGGUAGCUGUGCAAGUGUUUUCAAGGGUGGUAUGGCUCAGUUGAGAUUUCAACCUCGCCUUGGGAAGUUCCUUGCUGCUGCCGCAGAGAAUGUUGUAUCUAUAUUGGAUGUGGAGACAAAAAGCUUGCGGCAUUCAUUACAGGGCCAUACUAAACCUAUCCAUUCAGUAUGCUGGGACCCUUCAGGCGAGUUUCUAGCCUCCGUUAGUGAAGACUCUGUUAGGGUAUGGACAUUUGGAUCAGGCUCUGAAGGAGAAUGCAUUCAUGACUUGAGCUGUAACGGCAACAAGUACCACUGUUGUGUUUUUCAUCCUACUUAUUCAUCAUCAUUGCUGGUCAUUGGGUCUUACCAGUCUUUGGAGCUCUGGAAUAUGGUUGAGAACAAAACCAUGGCAUUGACAGCACAUGAAGGAUUAAUUGCUGCACUGGCUGUAUCAACUACAACAGGGCUGAUUGCUUCUGCUAGUCACGACAAGUUUGUCAAAUUGUGGAAAUAAAUCGUGGAAAUGAUUGUUGUUUUCAGAAUCCCCUAGUAACAACAGAUGCAACACAAGAUUAGGGUUUUUAAUUAGCAAUGAUUGUAGUUUGUUGCUUCCAUCUGGUGUUCUGUUCAUCAUGACCCCAAUUCCCCAGCAUCUAACCUGUCUUGUUGUAUUAUAGAUUAUAUAGUCUACUCUUAACUUUGAUAUUCUGGGUUAUUUGUGGACUCUAAAUGUUUUGUUCCCAUGAAGAACAUUAGCAUGCUUCUCAUUCUCCCCUUAAAGGAAGAACUUCCAUAUUUGCGUUGGUUGCAAAUUCAGUGUGUGUUGUAGGCAACAAUGACUUUUCU